GGAGGGGAGGACUGAGGGACGGCAGAGGCCGGAGAUGUUGGGGUUGGCGUUUGAGGAUUGUAAGUCAUGCCUCCACGACCAGGAAUACCUCCUUAACCCGGACCAUGAAGACGACCCCGCGCUCCGGCUCCAGAUCCCCUCCGCACGCCCACACGGCGCCACCACCUCCCCUGCCCACGCCGAAUCCGCCGCCAUCGACCGGUUCCUCGCCGCAGCGUCAGGUCCUACAUCCGCCUCCGUUCCUUCCCAUCUCCAAUGCGAAGCACAGGCGGUUUUAGCGGAUGAAAGUUUCACCCCGCAUCGCAAACGCAAGCAACGGCAGGCAGACGUGGGCGGUGGCGCGCAGGAUUCCAGACAUGGGGAGUUGGCGAUGGGCGAUUUUGCGCGAGAUCUGUUCCCGGUGGAUCGUCAGGGUUUCAUGGCCAUGUACCCGCAUCCGCCAGCUGGGGAUGUGCGUGGCGGGCAGGACUGCGGGGAAGAUGCGCGAGAUCAACAUGAUUGCGGGACGCCGACACAUACCCACUGCGACGGCGAUGGGGACGCCAAACAUGCACCCGAUGGAGAGGAGGAGGAUGUGAGCGACUGCUUGAACGCCAUGACGCUGGCUGACACGACCGGGGAUGCGCACACCCGCGACAAGGCCCCGAAGGCCCCGACGCCGAAACGGGGCACACCGAGCGAAGAUGCGGAGCAGUCGGCCAAAUCGCUCAAACGGUCUCGGAAGGUGGGGGUGGGUGGCGAGAUGGGCGACGGGGAGUUUGAAGUCGAGGAGUUGAAGAGAGUCUGGGAGACGAUGUUUGAUGCCUGGGCCAUAGCCUCCCGCUCAUAUGAUGGAGACGAAGUGGAAGAACCCACAAUCCCACCCCACCUCUCCAAACUCUUCCGGUACCUCUACUCCCUCGACGUCAUCUCCCCAGACGCGUACGCCCGUGCCCGGACUGGAAUCGAGGAGGAGGUCGAGUCAGGCGAUGACGAGUACGCGGUGAUGAAGUGUGUGAUGACGAGGGCGAUGAGCCCUAUUAUAGGCGGUUUGAGGAGGUUGGUGAUGAAUAUGGGGGGAGGGUUAAGGAAGGGAGGGAGAAUAUAGAGAAGGUGCAGGAAGACGGGGAGGAGGUGUCGCGAUGAUGUGGUGGCGUGGGGCGUAUUGCGGUCAUGGUGGUAUUGCGGCGUAGUGUUAGUGUGCAAUGAUGUGUAUAUAUAGCCAUGAGGGUGUGGUGCUGGCCUUUGAUAAGCGUCUUUGCAAAGAAAAUGUACUGUAUGUGACCAAUCGAAAAUCGAAUGGUAUUGAGUUUCGGCUUUGGCUCCGGCCUGCAGAACGGGCUAUCGGAAAGAGCAUAGGGUGCGACAUUGUAAGCGAGAUUGUGUUUUUAGUACAUCC